CACGUGCACCAUUAGAGGUGUGAAUAAAAUGGGAACACGAUAUUUGAUGUUUAAUUUAUUCACACUACAAAAAUGAAGCUUGGGCUCACUUUAUUCCUGCUUCUGUGCUUCGAUUUCAUGGAUUCAGUGAUGGGGUAUUUGACAGUCAGUAUCGAGCCUCUCCCGCCUGUGGUCAUGGGAGAUACAGUGACUUUGAAGUGCAAUUUCAGGACUGACGGCAACCUGAGAGAAAUCGUGUGGUUUCGGGUUACAGAAGGUGGUAGCUCUAAGCAGAAAAUCUUUACCUAUGAUGCCAUGUACAAUACCAAUUUCUCUCACAUGGAGGACUUUCGCAGAAGAGAAGAUCUUGUUUACCAGUCGACUGUUAGGUUGCCUGAAGUACAGAUGGAAGACAGCGGGCCUUAUGAAUGCCAUGUGGGAAUCUACGACAAGGCGUCCAGAGAGAAGGUGGUCUUAGCAUCUGGAAGCAUAACACUUGCUGUUAUGUCACCUCCGAAAUCCAUCUCUGUAAUCGCAGCCGACCAACCGUCACGAUUCAGUCACUAUGAAGCUCAAAACUUCACACUGAUAUGCAUUGUGACUGGAGGAAAACCUGCUCCUGUGGUGCACUUUAAGAGAGAUGGCGAGUUGAUCGAGGUACUUCCCUCAGCCCAGCCAUCAGAGGCAGCUCGGAAGAGAGGCUUGCACUCAGCCAAACGCAGCAGGCCAUUGAUUAGCCGAGAACUCGAUGACACCAAGCGCCAGAAGUCCCUUUCUCACCUGGAGCCAGAUAUCGAGCCGCUGAGGUUGGAUGGGGCUCGUCAUCGCCACAGCCUCACUUCAGGAGCUCUGGGUCAGGGGAGUGCCAGUCCCACUACCGAGGUCAUCCCAGAGACGGUGGUGAGCAGAGAGUUUCCACGCUGGGUUCUCAGCUCCAGCCCGCUCUACUACUUCAACCACACAUGGACCGAGCUUGUCGACGGCACCAUGCAGGUACAGGCUAUGCUCACCUGGCACCUGAACCCACAGCUCGAUAAUGAGGCACUGUUUAGCUGCGAGGUCAAGCACCCAGCUCUCUCCAUGCCCAUGCAGGCCGAAGUCACGCUCUCUGCUCCAAAGGGACCAAAACUCUCCAUGACUCCCAGCAGAGUAAAAGUGGGAGACACUGUGCGCAUCACUGUGGAGGGAUUCGAAGUGGGAAUAAAAGGGAAUGAGGUAUUUCCAGAGCCCCUGUUCACAUGGAAACGUGUUGGUGGGCUAUUGCUGGAUGGCAGUGAUGAGAGGGAAGGCAAGGUUCUGGUUCUUGAGAGAGUACCUGCAGAGCUCAAUGGCUCCAUGUACCGCUGCACUGCUGAGAAUCCGCUCGGUUCUAUCAACACACACACACGCCUCAUAGUGUAUGAGAAUCCAAGAAUAAAGAAGGAGACACUACACUUAAAUGUUGCUGACUCGACUGGACUUGUACCGGGACCCACACUCACCACACUGCUGCUGUCACUGAUCCUGGAGUUUACAUGAACAAACACAGACGAGACUCGCAUCUUUCCUCUCCCGGACAUCUUCUGUUCACCUAAAAGACUUAAUGCAGACUGUGUGAGCCACGAUCUUGCUCCUGAAUGAAAAACUGUGCAUGUGAGCUACAGUGUAUGAAAGUGCAUAAUUACCACACGCUUGCCAUCUAGUCCAUUAUCAAAUGGACUUGACAUCAGUGUCACCUGCAAGAUCUGACCUGUAGAUGGCAGUAGAGACUUCUAGACACACAAAUGACAAGUUUGGUCAGUUCUGUUAUGUCUUAGAGAAGUUGAUUGUACUCUUAUUAAAAAGGGGGGUUUGCUGGAUCGUUUAAUAGCUAAAGCGUGUGAAUAAGAAAGACACCGUGUUGUAGGGGUUUACAAAGAACCUUUACAGGUUUCCCUAUAUUCUAAAAAAUGAUAGAUUUAACCUUUCAAGUGUGUAGUAAAACCACCCUGCUAUUGUCUGUCACACAGUUUUCUACACAAUUGUCUAACCUUGUAAAAAAAUUAAUGAAUAACACACACACACACACACACACACACACAUUUUUCCUUGGGAAAGGGGACUCUCUUCUACAACAGGGGUUCUCAAACGUUUUACACCCAGGGAUCCUUUUAACUGUAUAUAAAUAAUGCUGUUCCUUGGAUCUAAUAAUAAAUUCCACAGACCCCCUCAGCACAGAUUUAUUUCAUGAACAUAAUCCAACUCUUCAAAUGUUAGGCUAAUUAUAGCUCAUAGAACUUUUUAUUCUCGAACUUUCCACUGACAGAACACAUUAUUUCACAUCAGUUCACAUUAUUUGUUAUUCACAGGCGACUUGUUUUUGAGUUACUGAGGUUUGGAUUAAACCCGUUUAUUUUAUGUGACCAGUCAAACCAGUUAAUAAUGAUAAGAACUCAGUAAUAAAUAUAACUUUGAUAAGAGUGGGUUGUCAUUUCCACUACUACUGUAUAACAGAUUUUUUUUUAAAGUCACUGGUUAUGCUUUAUGGACCCCACUUUGAGAACCACUGUUCUACAUAGAAGAUAUUUAAGAGAUAUUUGUGGAACCUGAAGAGCCCUGGGUAGCACUGUAGUGCAGUGGAUAGCGAUGCUGCCUCAUAGCUCCAGGGUGGAGUUUCUGUGCAUAUUCUUCAUGUGUCCUCAUGAGUUUCCUCCCUCUUCCCGAAGACAUGCCAGUACUGCUACGCUCCAUUACCCCUAGGUGUGAAUGAGUGUGUGACUCUUUCUAUGAUCCAUUCUCUCUCUCUCUCUCUCUCUCUCUCUUUCUCUCUCUCUCUCGCUCUCUCUCUGUAUGGGGUCAUGUGAUAAACUGAUGUGUGUGCCAUCCAGGCACGCACAUAC